AUGGCGCCAAGUCCUGUCGUGGCUCUGCAGUCUGCUCCCGUUGCAGUAAGAAUCAUGACAGCUCUGAUUGCACAGGUGACAUCAGAUGUGCGAACUGCAACGACUGAUAGCCAAUUCACCCCUCCCUCUCUGGAGCCUGAACCUGAACCAGAGCCUAAGCCUGAGAUUCAACCACACCCUGAGUCUGAGACUGAGCUUGAACCUCACCUUUUAACAAGGAAAGAGAGAAAACAAAUGAAAAAAAAGGAAUUAAGGACCCUGAAACAUCUGAAGGCGCCUUCAACAAUCCCUGUCGAGGUUCACAACACCUUUGAACCUCUCGAUAUGGAAGUGUCUCCAUCGUUGUCGUUACAGCGUAUGGGACCUUCACCCCGUUCCCGUUCUCCAAUUGAGCCUCCAUGA